AUGAAAACGAAAGGCGGACUAUUGUUAUAUAUAAGCUAUGCAAAAUAUGCGAUAAAAGCAAGUGUUAAGAUUAUUAAAAGCCAUAUAAAAGACAUACGAGAAGAAAUAAAUGUAAAAUCAUUUAGCAAAUACAAAUAUAAUUUUCUUUUUGAAUUCAUUGGUUCAUUUAUUUUUGUUUUUUUAAUAUCUGUUUAUAUGUUAAAUUCUAAUCAAAAUGAAGAAUACAUAAUUAAGCACAUUAAUCAAAUUAACCCUUACAAAAAAAAUGAUAUAUUUAUAAAUGAACUCAAUAUGUACAAUAAUGAUAUCAGCGGGGCUGACGAUAUCAAAAAUAUUAGCGACAUUAAAAAUCUAAACUCCAUAAAUGAUGUGAAAAUGCAUGAGGCAGCCACAUUGUUGAAUCAAGGAAAUAAACAAUUAAAAGAACAAAAUGAUACCAACAUUGGAAAAAAUGAAAUUAACAAUACAAAAAAAAUAGAUAAUAGUAUAAGUGAGGAAAAAGAACAAAAAAUCCCAAACUCCAAUGAAGAAAGUACAACAAUAGUUAAUGAUAAUAAAGGGGAAGAGAAUAAAGCUACCAAUAUUGGCGAAAAAGAUGCAAACACGAAAAAUAUUGAUGAUACAACGAUAAAUGCUGAUUUAAUAGAAAAAAAUGACAAAAUAAAUGAAAACAAAGAUAUACUUUCUCUCCCCAAAGAUUCUAAAAAAGAAAAACUUACGAAAGACGUUGACGAAGUAAUAUUUAAAGAUAAAGUAAACGAAUAUAGUAAAAUAAAAUUAGAUGAUAUUAAUAAUAUGGACUUAAAAAAUUUUGAUGACAUAAAGAUAUUAAAAGAUAGUAGUAACAAAAACAGUAGCAACCAUGCAAUAUAUUCCUUUUUUGGAUGUUUAAUAUAUGUGUUAUUUAUUAUAUUUGGAGCUCAUAUUAAUCCUGCAUACACAUACGCCUUGUGGCUAAUUGAUCCCCAAAAAUAUGGAUUUGUAAUUACAACAUUAUAUGCUACUUUUCAAUAUAUCGGUGGAAUACUAGCUAGUAUUUUAUGUGCCCAUAUAUAUGGUAGUAUAUUCAUAUAUUCUUUAUUACCAAAAAAACAUAUUAUGAAAACUUUUUUAUGUGAAUUUGUAUCAACAUUUUUAUUAACAAUAUUAUUGCUAAGCUUUUAUAAUUAUAAAAAAUUAUUUAAUGAAGAAAAUCAAAAUGAAGAAGAGUUUGCUUUUAACAAAGACAAAAUAAAAAAUAUGUCAUCAUUAUAUUCAUCACAUUCCUUUGAAGAUAUUUACGAAUAUGAUAUAUUUAGCACAUACGACACUAGAAAUACUAAUAACAAUAGAUAUAAAAAAUUAUUUAUUUAUUUUGAUAAUAAAUAUAUAAAAUAUAUAAUAAAUCAUAUAUUUUACUUAUUAUUUAUAUUCUUUUCGUUAUUAUUUUUUGUUUUUGUUACAAAUACCACAUUAAACCCAAUGUUUUCUACUUCUACUUUAUGCACAUAUUUAUAUUUUAAAUAUCUCCAAUCUAAUAAUUCCUUUAGUUUCUUCUCGAUAUUCUUCUCGUUUUUAAGUUUGGGGAAAAUAAUGCAAGUGAUAAUUUUCUAUAUCAAGUCUUUGCCGCUAUGGAUUGGACCAUAUGCUGGAUCAGCUUGUGCAACAUUUUUUAUGAAGCUCUUUAAAGAUAACAAUGAAGAAACAGUUAAUGUAAUUGAUACUAAUGUAUACAGUUAUAAUCGAACAAAGGAAAAAAUGCCUUUGAUAAAUACAAAUAAUACGAACCAAAAUGCAUAUCUUGAAGAAUACAAUGAUCAUAUUUGUUAUAAUUCAAAUAGUUAUUUAAACUAUAAAAUUUUUUAA